UUCAGUUGCAGUGUCUAGAUUCAAAAGACAAAAUGUCUUCAGACCACAAAGAGAGCAGUCAUUCUUUGGAUGAAAUGACUGAUGAACCUCGAACACAGAUUGCUCAGGAAACUCUUGAUUCAGACUCGGGAAGCAUUUUGGAUGGGGUCUUUAGCAAAGAUCUAAGCAUGGACAUGAGUGAGCGUUUAAUGACUGAAAGUGAACAACUGCGUUUAGAGUUGCUAUUACAGCCAGAAGAAUUGGAUCAGUUGAGCAAGGCACACAAUCAUCGCCGUCGGCAGGCUGGGCGGUUGAAUAGCUCAUUAGAGAACGAACAGAAUGCAGCAAUGGACUAUUCUGAGCAACUGAGGCCAUCACAGGAUUUUCUGACUUUGGCACCGGACAACCCGCUUUUAGCUAGAUUCCAAGCUACUCUAUCACAGCACUUACUCCGCCAUAAUGAUAAACUAAAAUUGGAGAUUUCUGAAUUGAAUCAAGUCUGAAAAUUGACACUGUGGCGUUGAAGAACUUUGCGCAGCAGUUAAGUGAUUAUGAAGCUCAGCAAACCUCAGAGCUGGGAGUAGUGCAGCGAGUGCGUCAAAAAACAACCAAAGACAUCAACAUGUUUUUACAUCAGAAACAA